AUGUACCCCUCUGCGGUCGAGGAAACCCCAGACAAGCUGCAGGUCACCGCACACGAACAGUACCACGCGCCCGAGUCGCUCUCGCCGUCGACCGUGCUCGCCUCGCCCCUCGACCAGUUCCGAGCCUGGUUCACGCAGGUGCAGGGCGUCGUGCGCGAGCCCGAGGCGAUGACGCUGUGCACGGCGUCCGCGGCCGGGGUUCCCUCCGCGCGCGUCGUGCUCUUCAAGCAGCUGGACCCGCGCGGGUUCGUCUUCUACACGAACUACACGUCGCGCAAGUCGCAGGAGCUGCGCGCGAACGCGCACGCGGCGCUCGCGUUCUACUGGCGCGAGGUGCACAAGCAGGUGCGCGUCGUCGGGCGCGUCGAGCAGGUCGCGCGGGCGGAGAGCGACGCGUACUUCCGCCGCCGCCCCGUCGGCAGCCGGCUGGGCGCGUGGGCGAGCAGGCAGAGCGCGGUUGUCGCGGACGGCGAGGUGCAGGCGCGGGUGGACGAGCUGAAGCGGCGGUUCGAGGCGGACGAGAACGACCCGACGGCGAACGUGCCGCUGCCCGAGUUCUGGGGUGGCUGGCGGGUGGUGCCCGAUGAGAUUGAGUUCUGGCUGGGCAAGCCGUCCCGCUUGCAUGACCGAGUGCGGUACCUGCGUGUAGAAGGCUCACGGGAGGAUGCCCCUGAAUGGAAGAUAGACAGGCUGGCGCCGUGA